AUGCCCGUAGAAGAUAUCGCCAUACUGCAAAUCGAAAUUGGAGACUGUCGAAAGCGGUUCAGACACAAAGCUAUCUGUGUAAGACCUGUCAUUGGCCCAAGGUUAGCAAAGUCAGCUAAGAUUGGUAGUAAGAGAAAUGAUAGGGUAGCCCGAUGCGCCAAUGAUGCGAUCCAAGGUUACUCUAAACCCACAGUCAGGGCUCCGAAGCCGGAAGUACGGCCAUUGGGCCGGCGGGUUCUGGAAUCUUUCGAAAACGUGGUGAAAUUGCACAAGGCGCGAUACGUAGAGAUAACCAUCAUCCCACAUUUCAAUGACGCCGAUAUAGGACACAACAAUCAAUGCAACGGGGAUAGUCGCGUACGAGCCGGUAGUCCCGCAGUACCGAGCCCCAAGUUGAGCUUCCCCACGCUUUAUGAACCUGAGGCGUCACCGCCGUGGCGGGCUCGUGGAGAGGUCGACACAGCCCCACUCUCUCGCUUCUAG